ACUCGUGUAACGUAAUAGAGAAUUAUUCCGAUUCAAGAUAAUCGAAAUGGAAUGCAUUAGCGCAAAAUACUAAUAGGUUCCUCUAAAGUGUUUUCGUCAAUCAAGCUUUCCGAUAAUUGUGUAUUUAAAUAUUAUCAAACAGUAUUUGGAUGACGUCCAGGUCAAUAAACUUCAACCAUGGGGGACAUGUUCAGGAGCGAAGAGAUGGUGCUAUGCCAGCUCUUCGUGCAGCCCGAGGCUGCAUACGUCUCCAUGUAUGAGCUAGGGGAGGCCGGGAUCGCGCAGUUUAGAGACCUGAACCCCCACGUAAAUGACUUCCAACGUCGCUACGUCACAGAAGUACGGCGUUGCAGUGAAAUGGAACGGAAGCUGCGAUGGGUCGGCUCUCAGCUACCAGAACCCCCUCCACCACCUAAACCUGGGCCUAGGAACUUGACUCCAAGGGAAAUUAACAUACUUGAGGAAAGAAUCGACUACAUCGAAUCAGAAAUCCAAGAGAUCACCCGCAACGCCCAAAACCUAAAAACCGACUACCUCUCCCUCAUCGAGCUGAAACUCCUCAUCGAGAAGAUGCAAACCUUCUUUCAAGACCACAGUGCCCAGAGGAAGAUAUCAGCUUCAGUCCAGAUAUAUAAUGGAGAGGGUGUGUUGGCCCAUCUUGGGUUUAUAGCGGGAGUAGUCGCGACGCACAGAGUGCACUCGUUUGAGAGGAUGUUAUGGAGGAUCUCGCAUGGAAAUAUUUUCUUUAAGCAAGCACAUAUUGAGCAGCCGCUUAGGGACCCAGUAACGGGUCACGAGCUCCAAAAGACAGUGUUUGUGGUGUUCUUCCACGGCGAACAGAUCAAGCUCCGAGUGAAGAAAGUCUGCCACGGCUUCCAAGCGACGCUCUACCCUUGCCCUGCCACGUAUAAGGAGCAACUGGAUAUGCUGGCUGGAGUAGCCACUAGGAUACAAGAUCUAGACUUGGUGCUACAACAAACAGAAAACCACCGUCGCCUGGUCCUCCAGAAUAUCGCUCGGGACAUCAGUACAUGGAUGGUAGCAGUUCGCAAGGAGAAGGCCAUCUAUCAUACGCUCAACAUGUUCAGUAUGGAUAUCGUCAAGAAAUGCCUCAUAGCGGAGUGUUGGGUUCCAAGGAGAGAUCUUGGUACGCUGCAGAAAGCCUUAGAUGAUGGUGUGAGAGCUACGGGCAGCCUUAUCCCCUCAAUCAUGCACCACGUACCCACAGUAGAGGUCCCGCCCACUUAUAACCGCACCAAUAAGUUCACUGCCGGCUUCCAGACCCUCAUUGAUUCCUAUGGAAUUGCGAGCUACAGGGAAGUCAACCCAGCUCUAUACACGAUCAUAACAUUCCCUUUUCUCUUCGCCGUGAUGUUCGGCGACUUCGGCCACGGCAUCAUCAUGACCGCCUUUGCAGCCACCCUCGUCAUCAUGGAAAAGCGCUUCCUCAAAGUCAAGAGCGACAACGAAAUCUGGAACAUCUUCUUUGCUGGCCGCUACAUUAUCCUCUUAAUGGGGAUAUUCUCCAUGUACACUGGUUUAAUAUACAACGAUAUGUUCUCGAAAAGUUUGAAUAUUUUUGGGAGUAGUUGGAUAAAUUUGUAUGAUGAAGAGACCCUGAAUUCAUCUCAUGCGUUUAAUUUGGAGCCGGCGGAAGCGUAUGUGCAAGUGCCGUAUCCAUUUGGAUUGGAUCCAGUGUGGCAAUUUGCAGAGAAUAACAUAAUAUUCCUAAACUCAUUCAAGAUGAAACUAUCAAUCAUAUUUGGAGUGAUACAUAUGGCGUUCGGUGUAACAAUGAGUGUGGUAAACUUCAACUUCCUGAGAAAGCAGCAGAUGAUAUACUUGCAGUACAUACCGCAGAUACUGUUUUUGUUGCUGCUGUUCUGGUAUCUUUGUAUACUGAUGUUCAUGAAGUGGACGAUGUAUUCGGCAAUUGCGCCAGACCCCGCCUACAACACGCACUGCGCGCCCUCAGUCCUCAUCCUCUUCAUCAACAUGAUGCUCAUGACGGAGACAGUGGCCAAGCCGCCAUGUAAAGCGUACAUAUUCCCCGGGCAGGGCGCGCUGCAGUCCACGUUCAUUGCUAUUGCUCUGCUGUGUGUACCCGUCAUGUUGUUCGGGAAGCCGAUCUACCAUAUCAUGGCGGAGAGGAAACGAAGGAAAUAUCAGCAAGGCGUGGAAAGCGGAGAAGCUACAGAGACGGACCCCCAUGACGGAGGCAUGGGCGAGAUGCUGAUCACGCAGGCCAUACACACCAUCGAGUACGUGCUGGGCACCGUGUCCCACACGGCCUCGUACCUGCGGUUGUGGGCGCUCUCACUCGCGCAUGCACAGCUCUCAGCAGUCUUGUGGCAGCGAGUGCUAGUAAACGGGCUGGGAAGCUUCCCCGUGAGGGGCUUCGUCAUGUACUUCGUGUUUGCCAUUUGGGCGUUCUUCACGCUCGCCAUCCUAGUGCUCAUGGAGGGGCUUUCGGCGUUUCUGCACACACUGCGGUUGCAUUGGGUGGAGUUCAUGAGUAAGUUCUACGAAGGGCAGGGCUACCCAUUCAUGCCGUUCUCUUUCUCCGCCAUCUUGGAGACCGAGGACGACGAGAUGGGGCAGGCGGCCGCCGCGCCGCCCGACUCCCCCGCCGCCGCCGGCCGCUAGCGCCCCGCUCGCAGGCGCCGGCCAGCUCAGCUGGAGAUAUGUGAACAUUGUCAAAAUACAGACUAGGACCACAGAUUCAAAUACUAAGUACCUAUAAUAAAUCUCAUGUUUGACAGUGAAUCACGUACGGAACCACUCAUUAUAAAAAAGCUUCCAUUAACUAUCUUCUUCCAAAACAUUUAAAAAAAACUUCGAUGAGACUAUUCUUUGAAUUUAGUAAUUCUAUGGCUUAAUAUUUCUGUAAAUGGAAGAAAAUACUCAGACUAACCUAACGAAAUAAAACACGUUGUGGUAUUUAAUUUACUGCACUAUAGUUGAUGAUUCUUCUAGCGUAUAAGACGCAUGACGUCUUCUCUUUCUUGAUUAAACUAUGACUUAAUGACAGCUUGAAGCACACCCCGGACAUUCGGAUAAAAUGUACCGUACGGUUAACUGACAAAUCGAGAUUCAUGUAGGUAUUCUCUGUCACUCCAAUAAUUGUGGAGCGAAAAAGGAAACGACGAGCGUCAAAAAUUUCAAUGUUCGCGAGUUGUAUCAGUUUUUAGUUAAGUAUGAUUUUGGUUCGUUUUCUCGUUCCGUCGUUGGAUAUUUGUUUAUAUUAGCGUUGUGUGGUCCAUCCAUACAUAUCUUCUUGUACAGAAGACAUAUCGAGUUCACAUAUUUUGAGGUCUUUUUUGAGAAAUUGAAAGCUGACCGGCUAGUAAUAAGCAUAUCGCUUGUAAAAGACUUUCUUAUAUAAUAAGUUCUUCAAAACACCGUCAUCACACAACGAAGUAACCGCAUAUUAUGGGUCAAUAUAAUGCUCGAUUUUAAAGAUCACAAAAUACUUGAUAAAAUUGUUAGGAUUCUAGUGAUAUAAAUGAUGUUAAAUUGUGAAUUCAUGUACCUGCACCAAAUAAGGCCCAUCGGUAUAUUUAUUUUUUAUUGUUAUUAUGUUUAAUAUGAACUUGCAGUGUUGUCUAUGGUACUAGCGGACGUGGACACAAAAUUUGAACCUUAUAAAAGUAUGAAAUUUUGGAAGUUAGCACGCUUCAGAACCGGGCCUUAUUUUGUGCAUGUAAUUUAUAUGCAUUAUGUGAAUACUGAUACAGAUUGAACAUAAACAAAUGUUUGUGAGCAUAUUAGUGUGUAUGACAAUGUGUGACAUGGUCAAUAAACUCAAAAACAUAAUAUAUAACAGAUCCCAGUACAAUUUCAUUCAAAUCCGGAGAACUUUUUAUCAUAUCUCACUUCAACAUAGGGAAAGGGUCUUGAACGAGAACCUCUUCAAUUGUUGGUUCAUCUAUUAGUAUCUAUAUUGCUCGAUUUACCUCGUACGGCCCAAACACUCCUUUAAAAUUUAAAUAGGUGCUUAGAACCUUUCAUAAACAAACAUUUAUCUUGUUUCGUUGUUUUCUCAUACAAAUUAAAUUCAUCCUAAUUUACUAUACAAGGUUCAAAUUAAAAAGAGAUUUGUUUUGUAUGGUGGGCUUUACGAGGUUAAGCAAGUGUGAUAAAUGAAUUAUAGAUGGGGUUAGCGUUAGGACCCUAAACGCAAACAUGCAAUUUAAUGUGCUGUAUUUAACCUUUUCGCCGUCACGUCAUCAAAGUAUCAUUAACGCCAAGCCACAAAUUGCACGUAAACCUGUAUAACAUAUCACGCCGUGGCACGUGGGGCACGAAAUGGGACAUAUAUGGGGCUUUAUAGCAGGUCAGUGGCGGCAAAAAGGUUAAACAUACGCAGAUAAAUAAAAUAGUCAAUAGAACAAAGUGAGGGAAUGUCAUGUACGUCAUAUUUUCAUACCAAUUUGACAUUAGGUAAUGAUGACAUUUAGAAGUAGAAUUUUUGCCAUAUCGUGUUGUUUCAAAUGCCAUGCAAAAUUAUCUUAGUCCGAAUCUACAAUACUUAAUUUGAAAGAUUUUGUUUGAACGGAAAUCAUGAAAUGACACCAUUAAUUUUAAGCAAAGUAAUUAUUGAAAAGACCUUUUUUACUUCUAGACUUAGUGAUUCAACGUCUGAACAAAUAUUGCGAGUUGAUUAUAUGAUUAAUAUAUUUUAAUUAUAAGCUAAUAUCGACGAUAUAAGAAAUAUAAUAUAAGAUAUUAUCUUAGAAUAUCGUAAGUUAAGAAAGUUUGUUAUUUUUGUUCAAAUCUAUUUUCUCGUUCGAAACCAAAGAUUUAAUGAUGAUUUUAUAUUUUAAAUUUUUUCCUGUAUUUUUAGUGCCUUUCGAUAAAAUAUAUAUUAUAUGUAAUAAUGGAGAAUUCAUUUGGUUGAAUAAGUAUUCAGGGGCCUUAUUUUGAAUUUAUAUGAUCUAUCUAAGAUCAGAAAUUGUAACAUAUUAAAUAAAUUCUAAAGUAUGUACUAUACACCGUGAUUUUAUUGAAUUCCGUUAACUUCUGGGUAUCGGUAAAUACGUGUAAGAAAACCAAAUGGCAUAGUUAUUUUUUUUUUAUUGUUUUAUUUUUAUAAAAAGUAAUUAAAUGUUGCAUAUAGCGUUAUUGUAAUACGGGCAUGACAUUAAACUAAACGAAACAAUUGAAAACUGUGACAUAUCAAUGUCAUUCUGAACAUGAAUCGUACGAGAUAGUAUUUACGUUUAGUAAUAUUAACUCAUACUUAACACUAAUCAGUAUGUAAACAGGCCCUAAGCCAAGUGUACAUGUUCGUAAGGGCCUUAUAAGAUAAAAAUCAAAUAUUGAUUAUCUCCGAAAUGGAGUUAAUUAGAAUACCGGUGUCUUUGACAAAGUUACUUAAUUUAAGCUCAGGGAUGCACCCUUGAAAUUAACUGAAUUAAAAAAAACACGGUGUAGAAUAAAUUAAAUUAUCACUUGCCUCUUAUAUGUUUUCCGACUAUAGCAAAAUAAAAAUGUAGGGUUAAAAGAACCCGCCGCCAAAAAACCGCCUCCAUACAAUCGAAGAUACGCUCUCAUUUUAAGCUUAUAAAUCCCACAGAGUAAUGUUGCUGCUUUGAAUUUGGAAGCUUUUAUUUAAUUAUAGUUCAAAAUUAGAUUUGAAUUUGUCAUCAGGACUUACGAGACGCUGAAAUAACAUAAACAUUAAAAUUAUAUCGCCAGGUCUAGUCCAAAACUCACUGAUUAAUAUCACAAGUUAUAGUUAAAAGCCAUAGUGAACCUUGCUAGCACCAAAAUAAGGUUAAUUAUUGUUUAGUAAUUGGUGAGUUUUGUUUGUCACCUGAUGAUAUAUUAGUACCUACAUUAUAUAUUAAGGGCGGUAAACAAGAAUUUACGAACUAGUGUGAAUUGAAGCCCGAAGCCGAGGAUUUAAUACCACGAAUUCGUAAUUCCUUUACCGCCCGUGGCACACACAAUGUUUUUCAUCACACUUGUGAGGGAAAAACUGUCUAAUUUCGGACGUACCUACGUCUCCUACUCCUACCUUUCACGAACAAUUGUGAUGAAAAAUAUUAUAAGUGUAUCGAUAUUAUUUAUAUACACGUUAUCCGGGAUAAGUUUUUGUUGCGAAAGUUAAAAAACAAAGUAAAUAUAGUGAGUAUACGUUUUGUGUGCGCAAUUUCUACUCGCUUGUAUGGUAGGCGGUUUUAUUUGACUCGUAAGGUAACAUCCUAAAGCGCGCGGUUGUUUAUAAAUGCGACACAUGCAGCGUUGAACGCAAGCGAUCACGGAAUUGUACGGAAUGCAAGAAAAAUGACAAUGCGCUUACCGCGUGAAACAAUAUACGGUCAUUAGAUUAUCUGAUUUUAGAUGGGCGUGCGUCAAACGCAUCGCGUAUCGCGUAUGACGCUACGUUUGUCGCAAAAAAACCGCGCGCAUAAACUUAUAUUUAAAAUAAAAGAGGUUUAAACAAACGACAAACUCUUUACGGAUUUUAUUUAAAGUUUCAUCUACAGUUUAAUAGCACAUAACGUGACACAUCAAAUACUUUUACAGACGAUACUAAAUCACUUAUACAUUUCACGAAUCCAUCAAUAAACAAAAUUUAUACAUA